GCGGGGCGGGGCCGCGAGCCCACCUGGCGGCGGGGAGGGCGCGCAGGUGCGGCGCGGGCGGCGGCGGCAUGGCUGGCGGCAGGAAGGCCUGGUCGGCGCUGUCCAGCCUGGCCAGGCAGUGGACUCUAGAAGAUGAGGAGGAGCAGGAGCGCGAGCGGCGGCGGCGGCACCGUACCCUGAGCUCCGCCACGGACGACGAGGCCCCCAGGCUCACCCAGAACGGAGACUCGCCGGCGGCCGAGAGGCUGCCGAGCGUAGAGGAAGCAGAGGUGCCCAAGCCACGAACUUCCGUCUCCAAGGACGAGGACGAGGACGUCCAGGCCAUCCUCCGGACACGGCAGGAGCGGAGGCAGAGGCGGCAGGCGGUGGAGGCGGCCCAGGCCCCGGGCCAGCCGGAGGCAGGAGCGGGAAGGGAGCGCUCUGGCCCGGGGCAGGCCAAGCAGCAGCCCCUCGGCCCGAGCGGGGAGCAGCGGGGCCCCCGGGCCGGGGAGGACGAGAGCCCGGGGGGCCGGGGCUCAGCAGGCGGGAAGGAGGAGGUCUCGGGGAAGCCGGCUGUGCCAGAGGAGACGUUGGCACCUGCAGAGAGACUGGUGUCGGCGGAAGCGAGCCGCUCACAGGAGGCCCUGGGCCCCCAGAAGACGUCUGCGCCCGAGAAGAGAGCCAUCCCGGAGAAGAAGUCCCUUCUAGAAAGAACAGGUGUCCCGGAGAAGCCGCCGGCCCCAGGGAAGACCUCAGACCCGGAAAGGAGACUGGUUUCUGAGAAAGCGUCGCUCUUUGAGAAGUCUCUGGCGUCGGAGAAGACCCCGGCCGCCGGGAGCAAGCUGGCGCCGAGGAGGGCAGGGGGGCAGCCGGCCUCGGGGGGGAGCCAGCCCGCCGCCGCGGGGCAGCCGGGAAGGGCCCUCCCCGACGAGAGCCCCCGGUCCUCGGCCGAGCAGGGGGAGCAGCGGGCGCCCGAGCCUCCGACCGCGGCUUCUUCGCGCCUCCCGUCCAUCACACUGCAGGUGAAAAUCCCCAGCAAGGAGGGAGAGGUGGACACUCUCUCGCCCACCCAGGCUACCUACAGCAGCUCCCUCAGACGCUCCAGCCCCAGGACCAUCUCCUUCCGGAUGAGCCCCAGGAGAGACAACCCGGAAACAACCUUGACCCGCAGCGCCAGCAUGAGGCUCCCGGCUGGCACGGCCAAGCUGGGGGAGAAGCUGGAGAGAUACCACACGGCUGUCCAGAGAUCCGAAUCCGUCAAGUCUCCGGGCUCGUCCCGCACGGAGUUCUUUGUGGCGCCCGUGGGCGUAGCCAGCAAGCGCCACCUCUUUGAGAAGGAGCUGCUGGGCCAGGGCCGCGCGGAGGUGGCCUCGGGCCGGAAGGAGAACCUGAAGCUCUCGGGGGUGGUGACAUCGAGGCUCAACCUGUGGAUCAGCAGGACCCAGGAGUCCGGAGAGCAGGACCCCCAGGAGGUGGGGAAAGAGUCGGUGGCCACAAAGAGGACCCAGUGGGGACGGAAAGCAGACUCGUCCCUGGACGCCGAGACGUCUGCCCCGCAGGUGUGAUGGGCGCUGCCAGGACAGACCCCGCGAGCCUGCCCCCCGCCGCCCUGCUCCCUCUCUGCCUCUGACCCGGGGCCAGGAGUGUCGGGGGGGCCAACGCCUCCUUCCCGGCCGAGCGCCCCCUCACCCCUCCGCACUGGCACAUCCGGGACCCAGGCCGGCGCAGGGCCCAGCACCCAGGGUGGCCUCCGCACCGGGCCGAGGUGGCUGCCGGGACCUGCUCGUCCAGGGCCGCGCGCUGCUGUCUCCCUGAGCUCAGGGUCCCCUCUGCGGCCUCCCAGCAGGUGCCUCCCCGUGCCUGUGACGUCACUGCCUCAUCGAGGCCUGGGCGUGUGCACCUGGGCCCCAGGCCGCCCGGCCUGGACGGGAGCCCCUGCGCCUGCCCCGCGCCCGCCCCGCGCCCCGGAGCCCUGCUUUGAUUUCCUCUCCCGUCUUGGGCUGCGGCUCAGGACCGGUGCUUGGGGCCCUUUCUGUGCACCCCCUCACCCUCCUGCUGCAAAAGCUGUUCUCAGGAAAGAGCUGAUAAACUCAUUCACUGCA